UAUAUAUAAUAAUAUAUUAUUAAACAAAUUUAAUGCAAUAUGUGUUGUGUACAAUUUGCAAUACCUUAACAGAAUAUAAUAAGUUUAAAUAAGAUGAAGCAGUGUGUGGUACCACAAUUCCCAUUGACGUGCCUUGAGGAUUUAACAUGUACCACCACAACACGCUCACUCAAAAAGCUUUUUGGAAUUCUACACCUUCGCUUUCUCUGUUUCUCUGCAAAUGCAUAUUUCCCUAAUCCACCGCUAUCCUUCAUCUAUCCCUCAACUCCACUCAACGAAUCCCAUUCUCACCCACCACAAUAUUCCCCUACUUAACACAAUACGUAACAGUUUUCCCUCUGACAUCAAUUCAUUCUUCACAAAAAUCUUAUCAUCACAUCAACCGCCACCUUAACUCAACUGCCAUAUCUGUCAACAAUGGAGUCCGUGGGCUCCAAUCCCUCCCCGCCAAAUACUCAACCACCCCGGGCCUCUCAUCACCGGUUUAGAUUCUCCGCCCAAUCCUUUGCGGACCGCAUGGUUCGGGCCCUCCACCACCACCUCCACCUCCUCCACCGCUCCGACUCCGAUUUCUACGUAUUGGGUGCCACCGGCAACGUCUACAUCGUCACCUUAUCCUCCAACCCUUCCUGCACGUGCCCCGACCGUGCCACCCCGUGCAAGCACAUACUCUUCGUGUUUAUUCGUGUACUGGGCGUAUCUCUGGAGGACAAUUGUCUCCGUCGGAGGACUCUCCGUGCUUGCCAGCUGAACCGGUUGCUGGGUUUGCCGACUUUGCCGGACGCGGUGGCGGGGGCUGGUGUCCGGAAGAGGUUCCACCAGCUUUACUUUGGUCAGGCGAGGGAAGGGUGGAGGAGCAGACCAACGGUGGAGAUUGAAGAAGGAACGGCGUGCCCUGUUUGUCUGGAGGAGAUGGACGGGAAGGAAGAGAGAGUUGUGGUGUGUAGGACUUGCAAGAAUCCCAUCCAUGAGGAAUGCUUGUUGAGGUGGAAGAGAAGCACUGGGAGGAGAUCUGCUAGCUGCGUUAUAUGUCGAGCCAGGUGGAGAGAGAGGACAACGUCGGAGCAAGACAAGUACUUGAACCUCUCUGCUUAUGUCAAUGAGAGUAUUAGUGGUGGUGUUGAUGGCGAUGGUCUUUGCGGUGGUUAAUUAAUUAAUAUUUAAUUAAUCCAAAAGUGGAAUAUAUUGAUGCCAGAUUAUUCAUGAAUUUGUAAAUACAUUCAUACCAUGACAACCGUCAAAUUGUAAUAUUAUCUGAAAGUUAACUAAUUAAUUGAUAGAGAUUGAUGCUA